CAUUAAGCUGCUCCCCUUUCCCUGGUAACAUCAGACACGGAGUCCCCAUCUUCCCCCUGAGAUCCUCUCACACCGGGACCAGCAAACACCCACCCACUCUCUCACCAAGUAACCCAGCUCCGUAUCCGUCCGCAGGACCCCGCUCCGGCCUCAUCAUUUUCCCCAACAUGCCCGGAUACAACGACCGAGACCGCGGCCGCGACAGAGGUUAUGGAGGUGGCCCUCGUUUUGGUGGGAGCAGAGGUGGUUCCUCAGGAAAAUUCGGAAACCCUGGUGAGAGGCUGAUGAAAAAGAAAUGGAAUUUGGACGAAUUACCUAAAUUUGAAAAGAACUUCUACCAGGAACAUCCAGAUGCCGUCAAACGUUCACCGCCAGAAACAGAACAGUUCAGAAGAAGCAAGGAGAUCACUGUAAGAGGAUUUAACUGCCCCAAACCAGUCCUUCACUUCCACGAAGCAAACUUCCCAGCAAAUGUCAUGGAGACCGUCAAACGUCAGAACUUCACUGAACCUACUCCCAUCCAAAGUCAGGGCUGGCCAGUAGCUCUGAGUGGGUUAGAUAUGGUUGGUGUAGCCAUGACUGGUUCUGGAAAAACACUUUCUUACCUUCUCCCUGGAAUUGUUCAUAUAAACCACCAGCCGUUCUUGCAGCGUGGUGACGGACCAAUUCUCUUGGUGCUGGCGCCUACUAGAGAACUGGCUCAGCAAGUACAGCAGGUGGCAGCAGAGUAUGGAAGAGCUUGUCGCUUGAAGUCCACCUGUAUUUAUGGGGGUGCUCCUAAAGGACCACAGAUCCGUGACUUGGAAAGAGGAGUUGAAAUCUGCAUCGCAACACCAGGCAGGUUAAUUGACUUCUUGGAAGCUGGAAAAACUAAUCUUAACAGAUGCACAUACCUGGUACUCGAUGAAGCUGACAGAAUGCUCGAUAUGGGUUUUGAACCUCAAAUAAGAAAGAUUGUGGAACAGAUCCGGCCUGAUAGGCAAACACUGAUGUGGAGUGCUACCUGGCCCAAGGAAGUAAGGCAGCUUGCUGAAGACUUCUUAAAGGAUUAUGUCCACAUUAACAUUGGUGCACUGGAACUAAGUGCAAACCACAACAUCCUUCAGAUUGUGGAUGUGUGUAACGACGGGGAAAAGGAUGACAAGCUUGUCAGACUGAUGGAAGAAAUUAUGAGUGAAAAGGAAAAUAAGACCAUUGUCUUUGUAGAGACAAAGCGACGUUGUGAUGAACUCACACGCAAGUUAAGGAGGGACGGGUGGCCUGCAAUGGGCAUUCAUGGCGACAAAAGUCAGCAAGAACGUGAUUGGGUUUUAAAUGAGUUUAAACAUGGUAAAUCUCCCAUCUUGAUCGCUACAGACGUUGCCUCUAGAGGUCUAGAUGUGGAAGAUGUGAAAUUUGUCAUCAAUUAUGACUACCCAAAUUCAUCAGAAGACUAUAUCCAUCGAAUUGGAAGGACAGCCCGUAGUAGCAAAACAGGCACUGCCUAUACCUUUUUUACGCACAAUAAUCUAAAGCAAGUGAAUGAUCUGAUCUCUGUGCUCCGUGAGGCCAACCAGGCAAUCAACCCAAAGCUCCUGCAGCUUGUGGAAGACAGAGGUCGUUUCAGAGGAGGACGAGGAGGAAUGAACGACCGACGUGACAGAUACUCUUCAGGCAAGCGGGGUGGUUGGGAUAGGGAAAACUACGACCGUGGGUUUGGGGGCAAAAGAGACUUUGGAAACAAGUCACAAAAUGGGUUCGGAGGACAGUCUUAUGGCAAUGGUAACGCCUAUUCAAAUGGCUUUAAUGGAAAUUCUCUACAAGGCUUCCGUGGCGGAGCUCAGACAGGCACCUUUCAAAACUUCAAUGGCAGUCAGCCGUAUGCACCCGCCAUGCCAAAUGGAAUGAACCAGCAACCAUACACGUAUCCUACCGCAGCCCCAGCAGCUGCUGCCGCCCCAAUGUUGGGUUACCCAAUGACUACAGCAUACCCCCAGUAAGCUGUAAACGCACUGUUUCUUUUUUUGUUUCUUUUUUGUUUUUGUAUUUUAUUUUCCAUACUUGCUCUUUAUAUUGUGUUUCAGACCAGAGUAGUUAUUUAAGAAAAAGUCUCUACAGUAAUGCAGAAAUAUCUGCCAAGCAGCAGUGACUGUGUUGCACUUUUUCACUAUUUAAGUUAACUGUUUCUCUACAUUCCUGAAGCAAUUUUAGUUAUUUUUUUGUACUAGGAAAGCCAGUGUUCACAUGUAAAUGUACAGUGAUUUUGAAGUACUGUAAUGGAGGCAGUGCAUGGCCUUCAAUAAAGAUCAUUUAACUCAA